AUGGAAGAAGCUUGCAUUGCAAUUAUUGUUGCUUUGGCUACAGAUAAUGCAGACGAAGGAAGGAAACGAAAGAAAAAACAAAGAAUAUGGUCAAAAGAAUGGUUUUUAAAAAGAAACAAAUACACACAUCAUAACCUACUAGAUGAACUUUUAUUGACAUCAAAUGAAGAUUAUGCAAAUUUUCUUCGAAUGGACCAUUCAACAUUUAUGGAAUUAUUAGAAAAAGUUGAACCUUAUAUAAAAAAAAAAGAUACAAAUAUGAGAAGUGCUAUCCCUGCAAAUCAAAGACUGUCAACUACUUUAAGGUAUUUAGCUACUGGUCAAAGCUUUGAAGAUUUAAAAUUUACCACAGCAAUAGCUCCUCAAACAUUGAGUAAAAUUAUUAUUGAAACCUGUGAAGCUCUAGUUAUUGUACUAAAAGAUUGUAUACAAGUAAGUUAA